AUGAUAUAUCCGUUGAUGCGUAUGGAUCACGCAAGACGCAGGAAAUAUGCCUUGGUAGCAUGCUUCUUGCACGCUAUCUCUGCUUUCCUCAUUUUUGUCAGUGAAACCUACCAUUUCUUGGUACUGCCAAUACUGGCACAAAGUGUAACACAAUUCGUUAUCCACCAUAAAUUGGCUAGUUAUUUGGUAGGCCUAAUACCUUUCGUGACUGCCGUACUGCAACUGUUUAUGUUGGCAGUUCAUGUUUACUCGAUAAUUGCUUUUGCCGAACAACGAGAAGCUUAUUCGAGAUGGACUUCGCAGCAUCUUAAGCGUAUGAUUCGUUUUAGUACAAAAACAACAGAUCGUCAUGAAAUGAAUUGGUUGCAAGGGUUUUUCGAAUGUUGUGGUGUUUUUGGUUAUGAAGACUGGUUACCUCUAACAGCCAACAAUAAUUUAUUAGAAUCCCAACUGAUAACCGAUGGGAAUCAGUGGUCUCAUUGCACGAGGAAUGGCUGCUAUUUGCCACAUUCAUGUUGUGUAAGGAGUCAGUUGAAGUGUUCUCCACUAAUUUUGCUACAAAAUUAUACAAAAAAUGAAGAAGUCGGUAAACACACAGCCAAAGAAUGGUUUUAUUUUACAGGUUGUUUCAGUGAAAUUAAACGCAGAUUGUCCAUCGUUCUGCUUGUUGCUUUUUCCGUCUUUAAUUUCAUUAUACAGUGCAUUACUUUGUUAUAUUCACAAAUUGUUUCUACAAGUUAUGCUAUGAUUGGUGAUUGUGGUGCCGAAGAUGCUACUGCCGUACUUCCCGCAUGGAUUUUGCCAUUUCCGCCGCCAUUUCCACAAACUAUUGUUAAAAAGUGUCAAAAAUUGGUGAAGCAAGGACGUAAUUUUCAUGAUUUUCAAGAAUUGGUAACUUGA